GGGACACCCAGUGGGUCAUGCCUGGAGUGCGCAUGCGCAAGUUACUCCAAGUAGUCCACCUCCCUGGGUGACGGGUCGCGCCCUCCAACAGUACAGUUCCAUGCAGCACAGAGAAAGCAUCACCUUUGCAUCCGCUGCUAAUUUGGAAUGACCUAUACCCUACCUGUAUAUCCGUUCUCAAAUAAAUUAUAUAAAAUACAGGUAAAGGUAGUCCAAGUUGUUCCAGGAGAGGCUGCUGAUUGCGUUAAGUUUUAUGUCGACGAUGGAUCAGGAGAACGUUGUGUCGUGGAGGCUGGCGUUGAGGCCUCCCGUGGUUGCUGCGGUGGUCUCGCCCCUGCUCUUGCUCGCCGACCUCGCCCUCAUUGCUGUCUUCAUCUUGCAACAGAACUGGAAAGCUGUCAUCCUCAUGUCGGUGGUGUUCUUCUGCGGGGCUCAGGCCAUCUACUGGUACUUCAGGACCAAGAGCAUUCUUACCAAUCAUCAACAGGCUCUUGUCAACGCUGCAAGAGCUGUCGACGUGGAAGAAGCGAGCGACGACCCACCUACCUACGAGGAAGUGAUCAAAACAGAGGCGCCACCGCCGCCCUACUACAUGGUGGUUUCAGAGAUCUACAAACCCUCAACCUCGGCUGGCGACAAUGGGACGGAAUCUAUCCCAAACCCCAAGACCCGGUCGCCCGGCGGGUCUCACAAGGUAUCAGGGAGAUACGCCAGCCCGAGGGACUCACCUUAUUCCUAUGUCAGCCCCUUCAUCCAGCAGAUCACCAGCGGCGAGAGGAGCAGCCCACUUCCCAGAUCAGUUGUGCAGGUCGCAGGAGCUGGAAUCUCAGGUCCCACGAUAUGGGUUCACCAGGACCCAGUGGAGACAAUCAGGGCGCCAAUUCUCAGGGAAGUUGCUCCAGCGUCAAUUCACCUUCCACCCACAGCCAGAGAGGGUGUCAGAAGGUCCGCUAACCAGCCACGUUAGAUGUAAGAAGUACCUCGGACAUAUGUUAUUACUUUGGCAGUUAGCAUCUGCCUAACUGGAGUUAAAUGUACCUGCAUAUUUAUGUUGAUACUUCGGUGGUACUAUUAACACGCGGCCAGUAACUACCCAAGCACACGGUGUGCUUGUCCCGGCUCGUAUGUGCGUACUGCUCUCAUCUGUACCUGAGCAUUUGUGUUGGUAAAACUAGUGUUUACUGCGAAUAACUGUUACCAGUGGAUCGUAGACAUGACUUGCAGCGAGGGAUGUACCAGGCCUGUUGGCAUCUCCGUUGCAUUACGAACUCAAUAAAAUUAUGGGGAGACGAUUGACUUGCAGACUUGCCAAUGUUGUCGCCAUCCGAGAAUGAGACGUCGCCCGAUUGUUUCGUUGUUCCCUUGGAGGACGUGCUGUCGUCGCCAAGAGAUGUGUCAUCGGUCCUCAGACACCUGCGGUCGCCUGGGGAUGUGUCGUCGCCGUAGCGCAGGAGGGAAGGUGGAAUUGGAGACAAAUGUUAAACUAAAAAAAAAAAUACAGUCAAGACAAUA